AUGGAUUUUCUGCAGGAACUCCCUGAACAAAUAUUUCGAGACAUCUUAUUGAGAGUGUCAUACGAAUCUCAACCAAAGAUUAAAGAGUUGUUAGAACCUGCUAAAGAAAUGAUGGAAUCUUCCGAUUUCUACCAAGAUAGAAUUAAGUUUGGUGUGGCUAAUAACUAUAUAUGCUUGCUCAUUCAAUAUACUGCAUACUCAUAUAUGAUAUCUAUAUACAAUCCAGUUGAUGAAUCAUUUAUACUGCACACUCGUAUUCCCCGUCGUUUUGAAGCCUCAAAUUAUCCUCGCAUUCUCUAUGCUAAAAAUAAGCUUGUUUUACUGGGCCUGCAAUUUGAUGGGAGUUAUACUUCAACAAUUUUGAUAUAUGAUUUAUUAUCUAAUACAUGGAAGCAAGGUGCUCAAAUUCCAAUUGCUCAAAGAAUAAAUAAUUUUGCAUGUUGUGUCUCGCCUGAAGGAUUGAUUUAUAUUGCAGGAGGGUAUUUCAAUUAUAAUUGGGUCAAUUUUAGGCGGGAUUUUAGUCGUAAAGCAGCAGUAUAUAAAGUAGAUGAAGACGAGUGGGAGCUUCUUCCUGACAUGCAACAUGAAAUGACCGAUUGUGGGGGUGUAUUUUAUGAAGGAAUGUUUUAUGUCAUUAGUCGUAACAAUAGAACUCAAAGAUUUGAUCCCAACACAAGAGUAUGGACAAUACUUAAUUUGUCUUCUCCAAUUCCACAGUCCGUCCAUGUUAUGUUUGGACGACUAAUUGCAGUUACAGACAGUAAAAUAGAGCAAUAUGAUUCGGAGGGAAAUGUGUGGCGAGAAUUGGAACCCCUCCCCAAAUUCCUUCAUUAUGUUAAGGCCACAGUGUGGACUGAUCGAAUUUUCUUGUGCGGAUAUGAAAGCAGUCGCUGUCGGCGUCUAAAAUUUUAUAUGUAUAAAGUGGCAGCAGAGAGGUGGAUUUCUUUCAGUGAACCAAAAUUUUCAGAGGAAGUAAUUCUAGUCACAUCUAUUUUCACCAUAGAAAUUUAA